AUGGCCUGGCAGAGGCCGGUUCUCGCAGCUCGGGCGUUCCGGCUUCCACGAUGCUUGACCCAAUUUGAGGCCGUUCGACACCAACAAUUUUCGACCGCCCCUUCUCCUGCUCCCGUUGACGACGCCCCCAAUGCUGCUCCUCCGCUUGAUAUCAACGCAUUACUCAACCAGCCAGCCCGUAUACUUCCCGUUUCGCGGUCAUACUUUACGGGAACGCCUAAAUUCACGGACUACGAAUUAAAGCUUGAAUACCUCAGGGCCAAGUACAUGGACUUGCCUAGUUACGGCCCCAGGGAAGCGCCUCGAGUAGCAUGGCUAGUGAGGGGCCAAUUUUUGGCAAAGGUCAACGAAGACAUAUCCGUUUCGCGAUAUGCGAGACUGCUGAAAAGCUUGAAGGUGCUGAACAAGAUCAGGGAAGAAGUUAUGCCGGAAGAAGUCUCGAAAUUCAUUGGAGAAUUCUCGAGGCCCAAAAAUCUUUACCAGUGGGAACUAAAUCCAAGGAAACCUGAUGAGGACGGACGAUCUCGGGGUAUAGGGAGACGGAAGACUGCACAUGCAACCGCUUAUCUCGUUGAAGGAGACGGCCAGAUUAUCAUCAACGGGAAGACUAUCUCGGAGGUAUUCCCUAGGAUCCACGACAGAGAGAGUGCCAUGUGGGCAUUGAAGGCAACAAACCGACUACACAAGUAUAAUGUGUUUGUUGUUGCUCGUGGAGGCGGCGUCACCGGCCAGGCGGAGGCAGUCACUCUUGCCGUUGCAAAGUCACUUCUUGUUCAUGAACCUGGUCUCAAAUCCGCCCUGAGAAGAGCCGGCGUUGUCAGAACCGAUCCCCGUCAAGUCGAGAGAAAGAAGCCUGGAAAGCUCAAGGCAAGGAAGAUGCCUGCCUGGGUCAAACGAUGA